CACUGAUUUCCAGGUUGCCGCAAAACACAAAUAUCAUGACGUCCUCCGGCGAAUUUAUUGCCAAGAUCUCCUCCUUCAUUGGUCCAAUUGGGCUGUCCGCUUUUGCUCUACUGGGUGCUGUCACUUUUCUCAACGUUUACCUCAAAAUCUUCAGUGCUUUCUCGAGUCUGUUUAUUCUUAGUGGAACAAAUCUGCGUAAAUUUGGGCCGAAAGGGUCGUGGGCACUCAUCACCGGCGCUUCGGAUGGUAUUGGAAAGGAAUUCUCCCUGCAACUCGCCGCGAAGGGAUUCAAUGUUGUUCUCGUCUCUCGCACCCAAUCGAAACUCGCUACCCUAGCCCAGGAAAUAGAAUCGAAGCACUCCGGUAUCGAGACCAAAGUUUUGGCCAUGGACUUUGCGAAGAAUGACCCGCUGGACUAUGAACGUUUGAGGGCUUUGGUGAAGGACCUGGACCUCGCGAUCCUGAUCAACAAUGUUGGGAAAAGCCACAAUAUCCCUGUCCCUUUCUUGGAAACGGCCGAAAAGGAGAUGGACGAGAUUAUCACCAUCAAUGUUAAUGGUACACUCAAAGUUACUCAAAUCGUUGCUCCGGGCAUGGUCUCUCGAAAGAGGGGGUUGAUCUUGACCAUGGGCUCUUUCGGCGGUUUACUUCCUACACCCUUUUUGGCGACCUACUCUGGCUCAAAGGCUUUCCUUCAACACUGGUCCACCGCCCUCGGAGCCGAACUCAGACGCGAUGGUGUGCAGGUUCAAUUGGUUGUAGGUUACUUGAUCACCUCUGCUAUGAGCAAGAUUCGCAGACCCAGCAUGAUGAUUCCUACACCGAAGGGUUUUGUUAAGGCUACACUUGGGAAGAUAGGGCUCAAGGGGACUGCUGCGGGUAUGGAGGGUACUAUUACACCAUACUGGAGCCAUGGCUUGAUGCAUUGGGGUGUUCAGGAAUUGCUUGGUAUCUGGAAUGGUCUGGUCUUGAACAGGAACUUGGGUAUGCAUGCUGGUAUCAGGAAGAGAGCCUUGAGAAAGAGGGAAAGGGAGGCUGCUCAGGGGAAGAAGAUCACCUAAGAAGUGAGGAUGUAAUACGGAAAUGGCGGUGGAUAGACUGUAUGGUUGAAUGGUGAAAAAGGCAAGGGAUGUUGUUGAUUUUUGAUAGCUUCUCGUGAAUACGAAAUGUUUAUCUUGAUUUGGCAUUAAAGUUGGAAGCACGGUACAUCAGGGCUGAGACCUUGAAAAAUGCUAUGACUCGUGCGAUAUCAUACUAUGGUAUGUGUAGACGUGAAUACCGCGGGGUAUAUAGAUUGAGGAAGGAUGGGAAGACGAAAUUAUUAUAUGAAGGGUGGUUGUAGAAGCUCCAAGGUAAUGAUGGCCUCGGAUACUUGUACUGUUGUUACAGCUUGGACCAACUGAGAAGGAAAGAAAAAAA